AUGGCCUCGGACGAUGACUUGAAGGCACACGCUGCCUCUAACCAAGAUUUUUACGCGCUCCUUGAUAUUUCCCCUGCAGCCGCGGAAACCGAGAUCCGCCGUGCAUACAGACGAACCGCCCUCAAAUACCACCCAGACAAGAUCGUGAAUCCCACGCAGGCAGACAUCGACAAGUUCCACGUGUUACAGAUCGCCUACGAUGUACUUUCCGACCCGACCGUGCGCCAGCUCUACGACAAUGCGCGGGAAGCGAGGGAGAGGAAGAAGCGCGAGGUGGAGAUGAUGGAUGCGGCGAAGAGGAAGAUGAGAGAGGAUCUGGAGGCGCGCGAGCGUGCCGGCGCGGCUGAAAUGGGUGGCGCGCAACGGGGUGUCAAGAGAACUUGGAUGUCAACCGGUGUGGGCGACGAUGAUGCGGAGGAAAAGCUUCAGCGCGAGAUUGACCGGAUUGCAGAGGAUGGGCGGCGGCGGCGCAGGGAGGCUGAGGAACGAUUGAAGCGGGAAUCUGAGGAGGAGGAGCGACGGCUGCGAGAGGAGCAAGAGGAAGCGCAGAGGGCUGCGGACAGGAGUAGCCAGCGAGUCGAUCGCUCACAAGAAGGCGGCACGAAUAUCCCUGAGCUCGAGCGCGCAGUAAAGGUACGCUGGGUGCGGGAAGGUCGGGGUCUGGAUCUAGACCAGGAGCGCUUGAUUUCGUUGUUCAAACCAUUCGGGGCCGUCGAGAAUACUUUCAUGCUCAAGGAUAAGCGGCAGCGGCUCGGAGACAAACGCGAAAAGAAGACUGUGGCAACCGGUGUCGUGGUUUUCGCGUCCAUCGUCAAUGCCCAUGCCGCCGUGCUUGACAGCGAAAAGAAGAUCCGCCAGAGCACCGGGCAAUCAGACAACGACUGGGCACUUAUCGAUUCUGUCUUCUGGGCUUCAGGCAAUGCGCCAGAUCUAGGGAGCGCAACAGAGAACCGGCCUGCUUCCCCCGCCGUUACUCCAGUCGAAGUCCCCUUGACACAAAAAGCAACCUCUUCAACCACCACGUCUAAACCCUCUUUCAACUUCUCGAGUCUCAAGACAGCAGCUCCUGGCGGUACUGCUGCCAAGACGCCCGGGAAAGCACCUUCUUUCGCUUCGUUCGCCGCCACCGGCUCAUCAAAAUCAAUGCCAUCGACCGACAAGCCAAGCACCCUUAGUUUCCAAGAAGCGACAUUGAUGCGAUUGAAGAACGCGCAGCGCGAGAAGGAACGGAAGGCUUUGGAGGCACAGCUUGCGAAAGAGGACGAAGCCGCAGAUGCUGCUGAAGCUGCGGCUGCCGAGGCCAAGAGCUAA